AUGGAAAUUUGGAAUUUAAAUUUAAUAAUAAUAAUAAUUAUUAUUAUUUCGACGAUAAAAAAAUCAUCGGCUGGAGAAGAAAAUGACGAAAGCGUGGAAAUAUUGGCAGAAUUACCAUUGGAAGAAUUAUUGGCACAGAAAAAAAAUUUGGAAAUUUCAGAAGGUGAUGGUGAUGAUGAUACACCGGAAGCACUUCCGUUAAAAAUGGACAAAUAUCCGGGAGGAAAUUUAAAUUACCCGCCAAAAAUUUUUUUGACACCCGCAAGAAAAACGAUUUACGCAGAAGAUGAUGAAUCCGACGAGGAUAAACACGUACACGAAAAAAAGGAUAAAAAAGUACACGAUAUCCUUAAUACGUCACUGACGGCACUUUCCUAUUUGGCUUUCGGUGGAUAUUUGUUAAGCAUGAUCGUUAAUUCUUUAAGAGAAAAAAAAAGAAGGAUCAUGAUGUCGCAUUCGGCAGCCAUGGGAAACAGUAACGUACAAACGUUCGUAACGAGAAAACCGAUACGAGUAAGAUUUCCAAUAACUUUUGGACAAGGUAAAAGAAAAAAACGUUCCCGUCCGAAUAAUUAUUAUUAUUAUUACGAUUACGAUUCGAACGUGGAAGAAGACGAUUUUAAAAUAUUUAAUUUAAUGGACGAAAAUGAAAAUUUUUAA